AGACAAAGGUACUGGAAAAAGUGAUUUGUGUAAAGAAUUAUUUCCUGAAAUAUAUGAAAAAGAUGAUAUGAAACAAUUUGAAAAUUACAAUAAUGAAGAAUUUAAUUAUAAUAGAGAUACUGAGAACCAAAUUAAUCCAAGAAUUGAAAAAGAAAAUAUUGAUGAUAUUACUGAUAGAGUUAUAACUAAUAUUUCUAAAUCAAAACCUGAAGAUCAAGUAAUUGUUGCUUCAAAAUAUAUAGCUGAAUCAUUAACAAAUCAACAACAAGAAGAUCAAUACUCCAAACAAAUAUAUCAAGCAAAUUAUGAAGAGCUAAAUAUAAAUAGUAAAAAAACUUUUAAUUCUGAAGAUUUACUUGUCGAAAAUGAUUUGUUUGAUAACAAUAUUUUGGAUAUUG